AUGGGGGCCGACGACGCAACCUCCUUUGAGAAGAUACUGGCGAAUGUUCAGCGGCGCCGGCAAGAGUAUAAUGGUGCUACAUCAGCUUCCAGACCGGAACCACGAGCAGCGCCUGCGGUAGCGCUCGAUACUGGGCCCACAGGAUCUUCGAGGGUCACAAAUGCCUUUAACCAAGAACGCCCAACGCCUGCGGCAGCUGAAACCGAUCUCCCGAAGCGGCCAAGAUCGGGUCAAGGACGCACGAUCCUUGUCAGCACAUCUCAAAAAGGAAAUCCACUGCUCAAGGGCCUAGCCAGCACCAACUGGACAUACGUUAAGUCAUCGGGCACCGAGAAGGUUUACUACGAUUACCAGGUGCAAGGCCGUAAGGUUGUAUUUCUGUCACUCAAGUACCAUAAAUUGCGACCUGAAUAUAUCGAUCAGAAGCUGCGGCCUUUUGGGAAAACGCAGGGCAAUAUUCUUCUGUGCGUUGUGGAUAUCGAGGAUUCGGAAGAUAUCCUGAAGGAACUAAACAAGACGACCAUGUUCAAUGGGUUUACGAUGCUACUCGCAUUCAACUUCGAACAGGCUGCGAAGUACCUAGUGUUUCUAAACAAAUGA